UAUUAAAUAUGUCCACCCCAUAAUGCUCAGCAGUGCAGACGGCAAAACGAGCAGCAAGUACAAGUUCGCACGAGAAAAAAAUAUAUAUGUUGCAAUGUAUUGCAAAAGUCGGAAUAAUGACGUGUUCCAGCAAGCCAAAAUAGCAUAAUGAGCUCAGCAAGUGGACACCAGUCUUUAUGUCUGGUGACGGAUGAAAGUAUUAAUACAAGUGAAGAUGCUUGUAGAGGUCAAUGCAGCAACAGCGUUUCCUAUUCCGAACUCCCUGAUUGUUCAAACAAAAUGGAACACACGUUUGAUAGUAGCAUAUUUUUAACCAGAGCUGGUGCAUCAGGGUCAGCAUCUAGCACACCAGACAUGGAAAGCAUCAUGCAUGCACACCUGUUUCAUGACCAAGACAAAGAAGGAGAAGGAACAAUUGAUCAACAUGUGUUCAGUAGCAAUUCCUUGCAAACUGAAUGUACAGAAACUGUUAAUGGGCUUGAAGAAAACCUUGACACUUCCCUUUUGCCUCUAGAAGGGAUCAAUGGCAUAACUAGCAUUACCGAUAAACAUAUCCCUAUUAAUUUGCAUGAACAAGGCAUGUACUAUGUCAACAUGCAAGAUUUGCACAGUAAACUUGUGAGUAUGGGACCAAAUCAAGGGAGACCAGUAUUAGUGCUUGCAAACAAUCCAGCUAAAGGAAUAGUGGAAGCUAAGGUCAUUUUUGAUACAAGUCAGUCUGUGGAUAAAUUGGUCAAAAUACAAAAUAAGCAAGCAAAAAGGAAAAACUUUGGUGCUAAGCAUAAAGGCAAAAAAGCAGACAAGUGUUUUGUCUGUGGUUUUGAUGACUGUGGUCGCACCUUCACCACUAUGGGAUACUUACGACAACAUCAGCUCUCACACAAUGGAGAAAGGGUAUUAGAAUGCAGCUUUGAAGGCUGUGGUCGGAAGUUUGCAUGGCCUGCUCAUCUCAGAUACCACAUGUUGACCCAUACGGGUCAACGCAAUUACAGGUGCAAUUAUGAUGGCUGUGGCAAACAAUUUUACACUUCCCAGAGUCUUGGGGUGCAUAUGAGAUCUCAUACUGGUGAGAAGCCCUAUGUGUGCCCAGAGGAGGGCUGUGACAAGUCUUUUUCUACAGCAGGGAAUUUGAAAAACCAUAUGAGGGUACAUACAGGUGAAAGACCAUUUAUCUGCAAUGUAAGCGGUUGCAAUAGAAGCUUUGCUGAGCAAUCAAGUUUAAAGAAACAUCUUUUCACUCAUUCAGGGAAGAAAAUGUAUAUGUGUGAACUGUGUGACAAGUCAUUUUCUCAAAGUGGCAGUAGAAAUGUUCACAUGAAGGGACACCUCUUGUCCAAAUCGUUGAAAAAGGGCAGGCCCAGUAAAUCCAGCACCAUUGCUCAGCAGGAUGAUGGAAUGGACAGUUGCCAAAAUGUUUUGUUUAUUCAGCAAAAUCAAGAUGACUUAUAUCAGUUUGGCAACCCAGAUCUUCAUGGCAGUCCAUGUGAGUCCAUAAUUUUUCCUCAUGCAGUAACAAAAGAUGUUGUAGCUGUCACAACUCAACCAGAAGGAGAUUUAGACCUACAGAAUAAUAUCCUUGGCACAGAAGAAGUUUUGGGCAAUGAUGAAUGCAUGAGUUCUACACUACCCACCCACACUUCUGGUGCUAAUGUGGUAGUGCUGACCCAGCCUCAAGAGAUGUCCAGUUUAACUACCAGCUACCAUGGUACUCAGGGAGGCAAAGAAGAAAUCAUAUACCAGAGUGACUUACACUUGACUUUAGAUCACGAGGAAAUGGCAGGAAACAUGAGUUUGCAUGAUUUACAUGCAGAUGAGCAAGUUCAUAUAACAACUGCUAGUAGUAUUGCAGAAACAACACACGCUCAGUCCAUUGAUCCGAUCAUGGAAAUGGAUGGCAAUGAAAGUGAUGAUAANGAUAUCUAUUCAUAUACAAGAAGAAUAAUGAACAUCAUUUCUUCAUAG